GAGUCGCAAGCCCGAAGCUCCGUUGAGCUUAGCAGCUAAAUCCUAUUUCUUCACUAUCUUAUUCCUAUCUAUAUAAUAUAACUUAUUGCUUAUCUUAGGAAUACUUCACCUUGACGAUUACUGAAUUGUAUUACUAAGCGAAACGAUUUUAUCACUUGUAAACACCCAGUGUUAGCAUAUAGCCCGCUAGCAUCACCACUCGGUGCAGGUUAAAGCUAGCAUUUCUUACCGUCUGUUUACUUAAACCUGCCUUCGUUGGCGAUCUAAUGGCGGAUUCAUACGAUGUAUGCUUUUCUGACCUGUCCACACCAGAUCGGGAAGCUGUGAAGGAGGUGCUGCCCGGCCUUCGCAGAGUCAGCAUACCUCACAUCACCCUGACCACAGACGCUCGUAGGCGGCCGAGGCAUGCUGCGAGCCAGCACCCGUCUCGAUGCAGCUUCACGGACCGCGUUGGGGCUAACGGAGACGCCAUCGCCCAGCAUGAAAACGGUAAGACUCCGCUUGUCAUUGUAACCUGCACUACUUCCCACAUGUACAGUUUAGCUUCUUCCGUCAGCAUAGAGGGGUUUACAUGUGCUAAGUGUAUUGAAGUAGUAAGGCUGACGGAGAAGGUUGCAGAACUAGAAUCGCGCAUCCGAACGCUAGUUGAGGACAGUAAGACCGCGUAUGUUAAUGUUACAAACACUGUUUCGGGUGCGCCUAGUGUUAUGCGUAAUACACCUGGCUCGGUUCCGACUUCAGAGUCAAGGCGGCUGACUAACUGGGUGACUGUCAGGCGGCAUAGUCGCAUUCGUCACCCAAAUCACGCUCCUGUUUUAAUAUCAAACAGAUUUUCUCCACUCAGCAAUACACCGGCUGAGACGUCUGUUAAAAGUGCCCUGGUUAUUGGAGAUUCGAUACUCAGGAACGUUGACAUUGAGGCACCAGCCACCAUAGUCGAUUGUAUACCGGGAGCCAGAGCAUCUGACAUUAGAUCAAAACUUAAAGUGCUGGCUAAUGCUAAACGUAAGUUUUCUAAGAUUGUUAUUCACGCCGGCAUGAAUGACACCAGACUCCGCCAGUCGGAGACCACCAAAGAUACUAUUAAAGAGGUGUGUGAAAUUGCAAAAACAAUGUCAGACAAUGUAAUUUGCUCUGGUCCCCUCCCCGCCUACCGGGGGGAUGAAACUUACAGUAGAUUAGUGUCUCUUCAUGGCUGGAUGUCAAAGUGGUGCCCUCAGCAUAACGUAGGGUUUAUAGACAAUUGGAAGCAUUUCUGGGGAAGACCUGACCUGCUAAAGAGAGAUGGCCUCCAUCCGUCUCUGGAAGGAAGUGCUAUACUCUCUAGA